UGUGGAAUUUAUUAUUGUUCUGAACUUAAAUCAUACAUUUUGGAUAUCACAAAGUUUAUUUUAGCCCAUCAUGUUGCUGUCAAUGUGACUGUCUUACUUAAAAGGCUGAAGUGAAACUUGCAUGGUGAUCUGCCUCAUCCUGAAUAUGAUGCGUGGAAAGACCCAUCUUGUUCGAGGGACAAAAAGCCGGACACUGUCUGAAGGGAGUUUGUGUAGCUAUAGCCACCGGACAUGCAUGCUUAACCGACUGGAUGGGUUUGAAUACUGUCUUAAGCAUAUUCUCGAAGAUAAAACUGCUCCCUACAAGCAAUGCAGUUUUGUUUCCAGCAGAAAAGCUAAACGGUGUCCUAAUGCUGCUUCCAAGAUCGACAGAAAAGACAGCUAUUGCCAGGAACAUGCGAAAAAAGCUUCCAUUUUGCGCGUCAAGUCUGGUAUGAAGAAACGUCCGAAGGAGACAUCGGAAAGUUUGCUGGAUGAACUGGCAUCGUGUAACAACCCAUCAGCGUCGGUGGAUGUUGGUCCACCAGCCAAACGAUCCAGACUGCCAUCCGAUAGCAUUAUCAGCAAAGUGUUGGAUUAUGCGACGUCGAGUGAUUCCGAAGUCGAGACACCACAGGUAGACCAGUCGUGGCGAGGUGAUGGAGACAGUGACGCAGAGAGUAUUGACAGUGAACAGGAGGAUGUUCUCAAACAUGCUGGAGUAUAUACAGCUGAGGAGGUGGCACUGAUUCUGCGAGACAAGUUGAUCCGACUCCAGUCUCUGUACAUCGACCAGUUCAAACGACUUCAGCACGUGAUGAAGGAGAAGAGACGGAGAUAUUUACACACAUACAAGCACGAUCGCGAAAUGUUUGGCAGUAUAAAGAUUUACAAGAAAGAUCCCACACAGAGUCAUAAAUAUGAAAAACUGAAGGCACUGAAAAUGUACCACAACAGAUAUGGCAAGGAAGCUUUAUUGCACCGCCAGUCUAAAGAACGUAGAAUUGCUGUUUCUGAGGGCCCGAAUUACAAACCACCUUCAUAUCCCAAGUGCUCUUACAUCGGCGACGAUUCUAACAAGUGCUGCGAGAGAACCAUCCCGCUAUCAAAGUUCUGUGCCAAGCAUAUUCUUCAUGAUCCACGACAGGUGUUUUUCCACCCAUGCAGCUUUGCUGACGGAAGGUGUGGGCGACCCGUUCCUGGAUAUACCGACCCGCCAUUUUGCUCACUACAUGUUCCUCUGUACGAUCCUGAGCUGAGAAUUCAUAAUCUGGGAAACGUUUGCACAGACGACAUUAAGCAAGAACCCGACCUGUUGAGACAGGAUACUGAAGUGAAGGAAGAGAACGAGAGUGCUGACGUGGAUGUGGAAUCGCCCCCAGCCCCUAAUGACAUGUCCGUUGGUGAGAACACUGCUGCAGGAUUACUGGCAUCCGCUUCUGGAAUAUCUCUAACAACUGGGGCAACAACAGCAGCGUCAACUUCAGGAACGUCUGUGGCACGGUCAUCAUCUUCCUUGGAGCUAGUAUCAGCCUCAGACAAAUAUUCGACUCCUGCGAUGUCAUCUUCUGGAGUGCUACAGUCUGCUUCUGAAGCAUCUUCAACACUUGGAGGCGUAGCAGCAUCAAACAGUGUGUUAGCACCAUCCUCUGAAUUGUCAUCAACAGCCAAAACAUCAACAUCAUCAUCAUUGUCUGGAGUGUCAGCAGUAGUUUCUGAAGCAUCCUCAGACACAAAAGAAAGAGUCUCAGGACCCCUGCUUUCUUCUGGGAUAACAGUUGCCAGUUCUGAAAAAGCUGUAGCUUCUGCAAUACAGGUUUCUAGUACUAAAGAAUCUGUAACAUCUGGAACACCUGUAAUUGCUGGCGUACCUGUCUCCAGUUCUGGAGGACUUGCGACAUCUGGAACACCAGUUUCCAGUUCUAAAGGACCUGUCUCCAGUUCUGGAGAACCUGUAACUUCCAGAAUACCCGUUUCCAUUUCUGAGGGAUCUGUAAUUUCUAGUUCUGAAGUACCUGUAACUUCAGGAAUACCUGUAUCUAGUUCAGAACAACCCGUGGCUUCUGGUGCGCCUGUUUCCAGGUCUCCUGAUGGUCCUGAUCCAUCUACAGAAGCAUCUAUGCCCAAUGGUGAUCCCCCAAAACAGUUUGAGAAAUCUUCAGAAGAGGCUGUUCCUAAUGGAAACGAAGAAGCAAUGGACACUGGUACGUGAAACGUUUUCACGGUGGUGAAAAAGGGAAACACAUUGAUUAACAUUCAUCAGCCUCUGCUGAAGUCAUUCAGACCAGACUGAACAAAUCCAGGACUAUCAGUUGAGACAGUAUGGCAAGACCCACUAACUAUGCUGGUAGUUGGGGCAUUUUGUACAGAGACAUGACAUUGCAGCAAGAUCCAUACUGAAUUGAAAUGGGAACUGUUGUUGGCUUAGUAGCUCGAGUCACCUCCAGCCCUCCCUUCAUUGAUAUUAAUAUGUAGGGGAAAGCUAGAGGAAACUAUAUUUAAUCAGUGUUCAAGAUUAAAAUCUUUGAGCAGUAUCCCAGUUGGAUACUAACAUUUCAAAAUCUGGUAUCCCACCUGAGAAUUUAGUAUCCCACUUAAAUGAAAUUCAUAAAUAACAUCGUAACAAACUUGGAUGAUACUGUUACUCAACUUCACCAGUAAAUUACUAUUUUCAUUGUUUCAGCGAAAAAUAAAAACACAUAUCAUGACUCUGGGCUAGCUCUGGCUAGGCAGAAAAUUUUGCCAAAUGAUCUAAAUUGAAGUUAAAAAAUUGCAGAAACUGUUAUUUUUUAACAAAAUAACAAUUAUUACAUAAAUAGUGUUCGCCAAAUUAAAAUCAAAUUUGACAAUUGUUUUAGAAAUUUGCGAGUGCCAGAACUAGCCAUUGACUGGACACGAAAAUAAUCAAACUAAAGCUCUGUGGCAUCAGAUUUAGGAAACAUUUUGUAUUUUAGACAGUAACUUGCAACCAUUUGGUUGUUGAUGAUUGCCAAAGCAUUACAUAGAGUUUCCUCUAGCCUCCCCCCCCCCCCCCCCCCCCCCAUCCCAUCCCAUCAAUAUCAAUAAGGGAAGGGCUGGAAGUGGCUCAAGCUAGUUGCAAUAGUUUAAUGGAUGGGUUGUGCUGUACAUUAUGGUAGAGUUGAUAAAUGGUUCCAACAGCUGGUCUCCUUAAAACUGAAGGUUUCGACUUGUUGCUGAAAUACUGCACCAUGUAUCGGUGUGAAAACAGAACACUAUGGGAUGAGAUGUAUAUAGCUCAGCUUUUCAUUAUCCUGUGUCUCAUUAUAAGAUGUUGAAUGUCAUUAAAGCUUGGUUUUCAUAUAAAGAGA